AUGCACUGGAGUCGAAGCCAAGUGGUCCAUCAAGGGCAUGACACGUGCAUUUCGUGUCCUCGAUGUGACACCAAGAAACUGCGUCGGCACAUCAACGUCGAAGACCUCCGUCGAUUGUCGGGGCCAUCACUCCCACCACUAGUCCUCGAUGGCGUGGCGCCCAAGCUCAUCGAUCCCAUCAUGGAAUACCUGACCGAACAUCGUUCGGCUAAGUUUCUCAAAGCUCAUGUCGCAGUCGGGGGCAAAGCGCCGCGACGCCGUGCUGCAAACCUCAGUCAAUGGGCCCACUGUAUGCUCGAGUGGCCGCGCGGCAAGUUCUGCAGCGAAGAGCAGAAGUUUGCGUCCACCGUGGACGUCUACACCAACCUGGCCACAUUUGACAAGCUUCGAAAGGUCGUCGAAAAGCGUGAGAGCACGACUCUCAGCGACAGCCACCUGGCAUUGGUGUUGCUGUCCGCGCUGCCUGAAUGUAUUGCGCACGAUGUGCAAGUAUGCUGCGGUGUUCGACCCAGCAUCCCAUACACCCAGUUGCGGGACCUUUUGCCGCAGCAUUGGCACGAGUUGACCCAGAAAUAA